AUAACUCUUAGGCAACUUACUGGCAUUUGCCUUUAUCUAACAUGGCGGAUGUUUUUUCAUCGCCUUCCGCCUUUUUGUUAACCAUUUAGCAGAAAGUACGCGGGGAAAUGGCGAUAGGCCCAGCGGCGUCUGUCAGUGUGGGGAGGCGGGGCUGAGCGAUGUGACGGUUGCUCAUAGUGAAUGGUAGGGAGUGUGGGAUCAUGGCGCAUUGGACCCGCUUCGAGAGAGAGCAGGAGGCGGAUAUCAAAAGCCUGAUUUCGUGUAUGAGCGGUUUGGAGGACGAGCAGGACAAUAAUUUCCAGCUGGCUUUGCAGUUUGCGUGGUCCAACUUUAGAUUCCAUCAGUAUCUGGAUGUGAACAGCCGCCAUGUGGAUAGGACUUUGGAAGGCAUAUACGAAAAGCUAGUGAUCCAUUCUGACCUCGCCAAAGCAGAAAGCUGGAAGAGACUAACAGACGAGUUCCUGGUACUACCUCUCCCAAACACAGAGGGAUCAAAGACUGAUGCUCAUUAUGCAAUUUUAGCCCUUCUACUUUCCCUGUCAGAUUCACCAUGCAAUAAUAAAUAUGUGGAAAAACCAAGACAAAAACAAGCAGAAGAAGAAGAGAAAUUUGAUUGGGGGAAAUACCUGAGGGAAGGUGAAGAUUUUGGUCCGUGUCCUGAAGGAGACACACCAGAGUUAUCUGAUGCCGGUGAGGAAGACGGUGAUCAGGAGCCUCUUAGCAGGGAAGACUCAGGAAUCCAGGUUGAUAGGACACCACUAGAAGAUGCUGAGAAGAAAGCUGCUCCUCCUGUAGUUUCCUGGAAAGUGGGCGAACCAGAUGCACGGACCUGGCUGGAACAGCAUGUAGUACAUCAAUACUGGACAUCCAGGACACACAGAUUCUCUCACAGUUCACACUUGCAUUCUAACCUGGCAGCUGUCUGGGACCAACAUUUAUAUUCCAUGGAUCCUCUCUAUACACUUGAAGACAGAACCCUUGUAACUGAAACCCAAAUGAUACGAGAGACCCUCUGGCUGCUUUCAGGUGUAAAAAAGUUAUACAUCUUUCAUCUGAAUGAUGGGAAAGUGACUGUAAGGAACGACAUAAUUGUUACCCACAUGACGCAUAACUGCCUUAGAUCAGUGCUUGAGCAGUUGGCAGCAUAUGGGCAAGUUGUGUUCAGGCUGCAGAAAUUUAUCGAUGAGGUCACUGGACACGGCACCGACAGUACUUUGCCUGGAACCCUUCCGACUACCAAGAAGCCAAGCGAAGCUCAGUUUCGAACCUACCAGGCCUUUGUGUGGGCACUGUACAAAUAUUUCAUCAGUUUUAAGGAAGAUUUAACUGAAAUUGAAAAGAGUAUCAUCAAUAAAGACCAAACGAUGACUUUGUCAAUGGUGAUAGAUAAGCUGGCACCUCGACUUGCACAACUUAAAGUAUUACACAAGGUUUUCAGCACUGGCAUAGCAGAGGUUCCACCAGACACAAGAAAUGUUGUAAGAGCCUCGCAUCUCCUUAAUACACUAUAUAAAGCUAUUCUGGAGUAUGACAACGUAGGAGAAGCCUCAGAGCAAACGGUGUCCCUUCUUUUUUUCCUUUGGGUUGAAACAGUCAGACCCUACUUGGAAAUUGUGGAUGAAUGGAUUGUUCAUGGCAAUCUCUUUGAUCCUGCAAAAGAAUUCAUUAUUCAAAGAAAUAAAGAUGUUCCUGUGAAUCAUCGGGACUUUUGGUAUGCCACAUACACUUUAUACAGUAUCUCAGAGAAGACAGAGAAUGAGGAUAAGAUGAGCGACCAGGCAAGCGCCAGUUCAGGCAGUGACCAGGCACCAGCCAGCAGGCAGCACACAAUGGUCUCCUUCUUGAAACCAGUUCUGAAGCAGAUCAUCAUGGCUGGAAAGUCCAUGCAGCUGCUGAAAAAUUUAAAACGCAAAACGCCUCUACAUCAGAGCUCGAGAGAUGCCGAUAGGAAAAGCCUGUAUGCGUUAUUCCUGGAGUCCGUGCAGUCCCGACUGCGUCAUGGGAAAGAAUCUGCUCCUGACAUAAUGACAGAGCAGCAGGUUAAUAAGCAGAGUCUGAUAAAAAUGCAAUCUAUAGUAGCCAGGCAUCUGGAACUGGAUGAUGUCCACGACCCGCUUCUAGCAAUCAACUUUGCAAGGUUAUAUUUGGAACAAAGUGACUUCCUUGAGUCAUUUUCCUGCGGGGAUAUCAGUGUAGACAGGUCGUCCGAAUCUGUUACUUGCCAGUCAUUUGAACUAACCCUGAGGUCUUGCCUGUAUCCCCACAUUGACAAGCAGUACCUGCAGUGUUGUGGAAACCUUAUGCAAACAUUGAAAGAAGAUUACAGGCUAGUGGAAUAUCUGCAAGCUAUGAGGAAUUUUUUCCUCCUUGAAGCAGGAGACACUAUGUAUGAUUUUUAUACAUCCAUCUUUGACAAAAUAAGGGAAAAGGAGCCAUGGCAGAACGUAUCUUUUCUUAAUGUUCAACUACAAGAAGCUGUUGGUCAACGUUACCCAGAUGACAGUACAAGAUUGGCGAUUUCUUUUGAAAGUGUUGACUUGGCCAAGAAGAAGCUUCCUGUCCAUACGUUAGAUGGCCUAACGCUUAGCUACAAGGUUCCCUGGCCAGUUGAUGUUGUUAUCAGUUCUGAAUGUCAAAAGAUUUACAAUCAAAUCUUUCUUCUUCUGUUAUUGAUAAAGUGGGCCAAAUACAGCUUGGAUGUCUUGCAAUUUAAUGAAUUGGUUGUUUCUGCAGAAAAAGAGACUCCACAUGAUGGAUUCCAGAUUGAACAACCUCCUCCUACUCGAUUAACCUCACCAACCGAGCCCAAAAAACAGCAGAUUCAUCGCAUGUUUCUUCUGAGAGUGAAACUUAUGCAUUUUGUGAACAGUUUACAUAAUUACAUGAUGACCAGGAUUCUUCACAGUACAGGCUUGGAAUUUCAGCAUCAAGUGGAAGAUGCAAAAGAUUUGGACCAAUUAAUAAAAAUUCACUACCGCUAUCUCUCUACCAUUCAUGAUCGCUGCCUUUUGAGAGAGAAGGUCAGCUCUGUUAAGGAAGCAAUAAUGAAAGUGAUGAAUGUCGUACUGAUGUUUGCUGAGCGUUGGCAUGCUGGCUUGGGAGCAUGGAAGAUGGAGUCUAUUGUGAAGAUGGAGUGUGAUUUCACAAAUUGCCACAAAUUUCUUGUGAAAGUUUUAAACAAGGCUGUGUGUAGAGGAUCCUUCCCACACUUGGAGUCCCUGGCAUUAUCGCUAAUGGCCGGCAUGGAGCAGAGUUAGUGGCUGCCAGGAAAAAGUGGCUGAGGCACUAUGUGCCUCUGGUAUCAUACCACAUUGGGUGGAUAUUUUGUUAAUAUGCACAGUGUACAGGAGAAACAGAACUGUAAAAUGCUCUUCAUAUCAUGGAAUUUUUUUGUAUUGUUUACAAAACGCAUCACAUUAUGUUCUUUGUACCUCUGAAAUUGCAUUAUUUGCUUUG